CGACUGGCGUGUGUUGGCGACAGUCAUCAACUUCAUUUGUAAAUUUGGAGUGCUAAAGAAAAGUUGCAGGCUUUGAUAUUGAAGGAAAUGAAGAGAAACGUGAAUGAAAAUUCAACUCGAAGUACAGCAGGCUGUUUGCCUGUACCAUUGUUCAAUCAGAAAAAGAGGAAUAGACAGCCAUUAACAUCCAAUCCACUUACAAAUGAUCCAAGUAUCAGUACUGCUUCUGACAGUUAUGAUUUCCCUCCUCUACCACCAGAUUGGGCCUGGGAAGCUGUGAAUCCAGAGUUGCCUCCUUUAAUGAAAACAAUGAACACAGGGCAAAUACCACAUUCAGUUUCUCAUCUUCUGAGAAGUCAAGAUUCCAUGUCUAAGUCUAUUCAAUCAAAUACUGAAAGAAGCAAGAGUCAUUGGAGCUACAAGGAUGGCAACAAAAAUACCAGCUGGAAAACUUGGGCUGGAAAUGAUGUUAGGCCUCAAUGCAAAAGAACAAACCUGGUGGCAAAUGAUGGAAUAAAUUCUUGUCCAAGGAGUUGGGGAGUUCAACAAGGGAAACCAUUAAGAAUAUCAGAACCACCUAAUUCAUCUCACCAAAGUGAAGCCGAAGUACUUAGACAAACACACUCAUCAAAAAUACCUGGCUCCACAAUGAGAGGUCUAGACAAAAGCAGUGCGUUACAGGCAUUUAAGCCUAAUUUUCAACAAAAUCAAUUUAAGAAGAAAAUAGUGGAUGAUAUUCCAGAAAACACUCUCAAGGAAGGCUCAUUGUAUCAGUUAAAGCUUAAGGAAAAAGAUAAUUCUUUAAGAAUUAUAUCUGCAGUUAUUGAAAGCAUGAAGUACUGGCAUGAACAUGCACAGAAAACUGUACUUCUUUUUGAAAUAUUGGCUGUUCUCGAUUCAGCUGUUACACCUGGUCCAUAUUAUUCAAAGACUUUCCUCAUGAGAGAUGGGAAGAAUACUCUGCCUUGUGUAUUUUACGAAAUAGAUCGUGAACUUCCAAGACUGAUUAGAGGCCGAGUUCAUAGGUGUGUUGGAAACUAUGACCAGAAAAAGAAUAUUUUCAAAUGUGUUUCUGUUAGACCAGCAUCUGUUUCUGAACAAAAAACUUUCCAAGCAUUUGUUAAAAUUGUAGAUACUGAGAUGAGGUAUUAUACUGAUAUAAUGAAUGAAAUUUGAAUAGUGGUAAGGGAAGUUUAAGUAGUAUAAUUUAAAGCAUUUUCCUAUUAUUGUUUAAAUGAUCAUCUCCAUGGUUAUA